AUGGGUGCUGCUGAUGAUCUGCUGCAGCAGCCAGCAGCAGAAGGAGAGGAGACAGUGGGGGAGUUGCUGCUGAGAAAUUCAGCAGCAGGUGCAGCAGCAGCAGCUCAGAGUCUUGUUGAUUCUGUCGCCGAGUUGCUGCAGCCGUAUAGGGAUGCAGCAGCAGCUGCUGCUGCUGCACAGCAGCAACAGCAGUCUCCUUCCGCAGCAGCAGCAGCAGCAGAAACAGCAGCAGCAGAAACACCAGCCGCUGCAGACCCUGUGUGCCUGCAUGCUUCUCCUUCGGUGGUUGCUGAGGAGCAUCCACCGCCAGAGCAACAGCACGAACAGCAGCAGCAGCAGCAGCAGCAGCAGGAAGACGAGCAGCAGCAGCAGCAGCAGCAGCAGGACCCUGUGUGCCUGCAUGCUUCUCCUUCGGUGGUAGCUGAGGAGCAUCCACCGCCAGAGCAACAGCACGAACAGCAGCAGCAGCAGCAGCAGGAGCAGGAAGACGAGCAGCAGCAGCAGCAGCAGCAGCAGGGUGGUUUAGACUUGUUGCACAGCAAGUACUGGGCCCCGGAUUGGUGUUUUGAGGGUUUUGCUGCUGCUGCUGUGCAGCAGCGGUUCGCCCUCAGGGGCGGCAGCAGCAGCUUCCUUGAGGGGGGGGGCUGCGGCCCCGGCCGGGCCUUGCCGCUGCGGCUUGAGGCUGCAUGCAGCUAUGCAACAAGCCGUCUCCCCUUUAUGUAUAGCGUGGCCCUCAUGAAGGUCGCAGACCAGCUGGGUGUGGGGCCCGCAGAGCUGCACUCGCAGCAGCAGCAGCAGCAGCAGCAGCAGCUGAAGGUCCUCGUGGGCCCCCACGUUGCUGCAGCAUAG